CAUUUGCUUGCUUAAUUUUGGCUUGUUUCAAUCUUCGUAAAAUGAUUGGAUUCUGAUGAAAUGUGACCAUAAAGACAGAGAAAAAAAUAAAAUAAACAAGUUUCUAAAUAGAUUUUCUAAUGAAUAGAAAAUCAUCUAAUGAAAAAGUUCCAAAUUAGCGCAGCACUUCAUCAAAGAACGCCAGUACCGUCUAUCGAUCUCGAUAUGUAUCAACAAACACAAGAGGAAGGACAGAAAAUAACCGACACAGAAGGGUCGUUUAACCAUCUACAAGACUAUGAAAGACCAACAAACAAGGAAAACAAACCGAAAAUAUUCCUUAUGUUAGAAGAAAGUUGGCCGAAUAGCUCGCAGACUUUAGCAUUGUUAGUGAUAUUUCUGAUCAGCUGGGGCAUUGCAUCUUCGUUAUUUCCUGGGUUGGUUUAUGCUAAUUCGACCAUUAUGAGAAUAAUCUUUCUAGUUAUCGGUGCACAAGCUUGCGGUCUUCUGGUAAGCUUUAUUGGAUUGCCAGACAUGCUUGGAAUGAUUGGCUUUGGAGUCUUCUACAAAAACAUCGGUUGGGGUAAUUUUGAGGGCUAUGAGAAGCUUGAAGCGGUUUUACGAGAAAUGGCUUUGGUGAACAUUAUGCUUCUGGCUGGCUUAGGACUUGAUCUCGAAGCUCUUAAGAAGCUGUUCGGCAUCAUAAUGCGAUUAACGCUUAUUCCAACGAUUUUCGAAGUUGCAGUAAUUACCGUAUGCUCCCAUUAUUUAUUAAAUUUCCCUUGGCUUUGGGGCGUUCUCCUCGGGCUGGUUGUGACGGCAAUUUCACCGAAUGUUGUUGUUACUAUUUUAUUAAAACUGAAGGAGGAGCGUUUAGGUUUAAACAAAGGCAUUCACACAGUGAUUAUCGCAAUGUGUAGCUGCAACGAUGUCAUUUCAAUAUUUCUCUUUGGUGUCAUGACCGGUGUUGUGUUUUCAACGGGUAAUUUAACACAUCAAUUGCUUCAGGGUCCAGUUGGAAUAGUCAUGGGAUUUGUCUAUGGUUCAUUAUCAGGAUUGCUUAUCUUGCAUUUACCAUCGGAUGCAUCGAAAUAUUCUAACGGACUUCGCUUCACGACAAUUGUUCUCUGCGGGGUGCUGUCAGUAAUGGGUUCGAAAUAUCUCGAGUACCCAUCUGCAGGAGCUCUCGGAUGCAUCGUUGCAUCAUUCUCAGCUGGAACAGGAUGGAGAAGAAAGAAGGCAAAAGAUGCCACGUUCAAAAGUGAUGUUGAGAUGUACUUAGAUUUACUAUGGAAAUUUUUGAAGCCAGUGUCGUUCAGUUUGAUUGGAAAAGAAGUCAAUUUUGCAUUGCUAGAAGGAAACAUGGUUCUUUAUGGAUUCUUAACUUUAGUCGUUGGCGUUGUCUUUCGUCUUGUGUCAGGAUAUUUUUCCUUCGGAAGCACAGAUAUGAGUUGGAAGGAAAAAGCUUAUGUCACCUUAAGCGGAUUCCCAAAAGCCACAGUUCAAGCUGCACUUGGACCAGUGGCACUCGAUUUGGCACGUUCCCAAAAAGAAUACAAUGAAGAGCAACAUAUAUUGGCGCAAAAUGUUUUACUUAUUUCAGUGUUGGCAAUUGUUUCAACAGCUCCAUUAGGCGCACUUCUUAUGACUAAAUUAGCACCGAAAUGGCUGAAGCGUGAGAAUCGACCCGUCGGGACGCUUUAGACGAGAUAAUUUCUAUACAAUUCUUAUCAUAGCAGAAUGAAGAAUAAGAAGACUGACAAUCUUAUGGUCUUGAAACUUAAAAUUUAUCAACCACAAUGGACAAAUACUGAAAGAAUUUCCUUUUUUUUAUCCAAAAAUUUAAGCCAAAAGCUUACCUUCACUUUAGCUCCAAUAUAUUUAUUUACAUAUUUAUUCGCUUAUCAAGGGUUCGAAUAACCUUUCUUUGUAUAGAAGAAAGUAAAAUUGUAUAAUAGAUUUACUUAAAUGGUUUAAUAAAACUGCGAAAGGAACAAAAGGGGGAUUGCGAGAAGCAAAAUCCUUUCAACGUGUUUUCAU